CGCUGGUAGCGAAGGGUAGCGUAAAAUAAAUAAACGUAACAGUGUAUUCUCUUGGAAUUCUAUGGUUCUGCCGUUGUCGAUAUAUUAUAUUCUUUUUGAAUUCUGCCCGCCCUACCCAGUUCUGCGAGGCGCAAUAGCUACAAAAUUCGUUAAAGGAAUUUUGUAAAAUGUUUUUUAAUGUUUACCAAAUUUUAACCUAAAUGUGUUUGUGUUAAGCGUAUGGUAUUUCACAAAGAAAUCGUUUUUUAUGCUUUGCUACUCAUAAUAAUAAUUCAUGGUUAUAAGGAAAAUACAAAAGACCAAACCUCCACUCGAGCUAAUACGCUUUUCGACGAUGCAGACGAUAUUCAGCGCCAGCUCGACAAUGAAGCUCAUGACAAAAAUAUGAUGUUUGGAAAUGGAAAGCCGAAGGCAGUUUGGGUAAUGCACUUCCCAACGGAAUUUCCCCAUAGCAAUUCAAAACCGUGGUCAAGACAUACACGAAAUUUCCAAAUCCAGACAACGACGCCGAAAAAGCUGGGUAUUAUUAAUAAAUAUGAGUUAUUAAAACAAGUUAAACAUUGGAGCUACAAAGACCAAUCCAACUGGCAUAAACAGUAUCCAGAGUGCGGAGGUCAUUCCCAGUCGCCAGUGGACCUCCCAGCUGUGGGAUUAAUACAUACCAAGGGAGGUCGACAACUCACAUUCCUCAACUACGACGUUGUACCGAAACGCCUCACGUUGAAAACUAAUGCGAAAAGACUUGUCCUCUAUGGCGAAUGGGAAUACGAGCUUCAACCGGUCGUAUACGGCGGCGCUUCACACAGUCGCCGCUAUUUGUUCCACUCGAUAACCCUCCGUUGGCCCUCCGAGCAUCGAAUAGGGGGUCUGCAAUACCCCCUGGAGAGUCAAGUUAUCCACAUAUCGGCAGAGUACAAAACGUUUGACAACGCAAUCAAUGCGACGCUGCGGGACGCUCAGGCGAUACUUGGCAUCGUAAAUCUCUACAAGUACAGUAACGAAACGCAACAGGGGCUGGACGCGCUUAUUCGUGUGGCAAGACAUUCACGCAAUAUAGAUGCUGGUCUGCCACCCAUACCAUUGAUGUGUUUCAGCCCACCACUGAAGGAAUACGUUGCCUACCAGGGUUCUCUGACAAUGCCACCGUGCUCUGAAAAUGUCUUGUGGCUAAUCAGGGCUAGAGCGUUGCCCGUUACUAGGGAAAUGGUGGAUAUUGUGUUUAACUUGAUUGGAGAAGGGGAGUACAGGGGGUCAUUCAUCCGACAACCGCAACCGCUUAACGAUAGGAAGGUCUAUUUUUUUAAUUAAAUAAAAAAUAAAUGUUUUCCUGCAUU